CCCACCAUGUGUACUCCUUGGUUGGUGGUUGAGUCCCUUGGAGCACUGAGGAAUUGGUCCCAACAAAAGGAAUAUACAAUGGAUUAAGCCAAGCAAUUAAAAGCAAGUGGGUAAUGGGAAUGAUGGAUCAAGAACUCUUAACAGCGUAGACCAGAAUUCAUAUCCAUUGGUCAGGGGCAAAUACCAACGACUCUGUAUGCCCAGUCACUCUGUGCUACUUCAUCAAGUCGGAGCCAAAGAAAUCUUGAAAGAUGAGAAUGCUUGCAAGAAUUGUCCUGGCACUUAUCAUCAUUGAUGCUAUAUUGGCUGCGCCAACUACAGAACUCUUUAACUAUGACUCGGAAGUGUAUGAUGCCAUUUUGGAGGACACAGGGACCUUUUAUAACUAUGAACACAUUCCUGACAACCAAGUAGAGACUGAGAAAGUGCCUGAGAGGCUUUCUGGAAACAGAGAGCUCCUCACCCCUGGCCCACAGCUCUGGGACAGCCAGGACGAGGACAAGGAUGAAGAAUCUACUCCCAGGCUGAUCGAUGGCUCUUCUCCACAGGAGCCAGAAUUCCCAGGGCUUCUGGGUCCACACACAAAUGAAGACUUUCCAACUUGUCUUCUGUGUACUUGUAUAAGUACCACCGUAUACUGUGAUGACCAUGAACUGGAUGCCAUUCCUCCAUUGCCCAAGAAGACAACAUAUUUCUACUCACGCUUUAACAGAAUUAAAAAGAUCAACAAAAAUGACUUUGCAAGCUUAAAUGAUUUAAAAAGGAUUGAUCUGACAUCAAAUUUAAUAUCAGAGAUUGAUGAAGAUUCAUUCCGAAAGCUGCCUCGCCUCCAAGAGCUGGUUCUUCGUGACAAUAAGAUAAAGCAGCUUCCAGAAUUGCCAAACACUUUGACAUUUAUUGAUAUCAGCAACAAUAGACUCGGAAGGAAAGGCAUUAAGCAAGAGGCAUUUAAAGAUAUGUAUGAUCUCCACCAUCUCUAUAUCACGGAUAACAGCUUGGACCACAUCCCUCUGCCACUCCCAGAAAGUCUGCAGGCUCUUCACCUCCAGGUUAAAAAUUUAACUUAUGUUCGUAAGGCAUUGGAGGAUAUUCGACUGGAUGGAAACCCUAUCAACCUCAGCAAAACUCCUCAAGCGUACAUGUGUCUACCUCGUUUGCCCAUUGGAAGUUUUAUCUAAUAUUAGGAUGCUAGGCAAGUGUCAGAAUUGUGAUGCUUUCUGUAGCUGAGUGAAGCCUACCUAUUGUCAGAAACAAACUCAGUAUAUUUGAGCUGCAUUAAAAAAAUGGGAUGUGAUUAUAUAAACAAAAAGCUAAGUGUGUUAAGAUAAAAUAAGAGUUCAAUAAUUUAAUUAAACAUAGUUAGGUAUAAAUUAACAAAAUAUAUAGGUGGUAAAUUUAAUAACUACGUAUUUCAAUUAGUCGUCAAAUCAUAUUGAAUUGAAAAUUGUAGGUGUUCAUGUCAAGAUAAAUAUGUAAGAAAUAAAACAUUUGAAAUGAAUACUUUAGAUAUGUUGCUAAGAUAUAGACAUUUUAAUUAAACUUCUCUGAACUUUUUUUUCACUGAUGUAUGUUUCCCAUCUGAUUCAUUUAAGAGCAGAAAGAAAAUAUUAAAUGUGUUUGAAAAAUAUAAAGUCUUGUGAAAAAGUAUUUCUUAUAGUCAAAGGAUGUAAAUAACUGUAUACAAUAGCAAUACACACUCCUUCAGUUUCUUAAUGACAUCUAUCAUCUCGAAGUCCAUCAACUCACUAUGUAGCCUUGAUUAGCUGACAGCUACUUGUAUUCCUCUAUAUUUGAAAAAUGAAAUAUUGGAUAUAGAACAUAUUAAAGAUGCUGUGAUAACCACACUAGG